AUGAUGCAAGUUGUUGAGCACGGUGUUAUUAACAUUAUGCUCGUUCCUGACGCUGGGCCCCAUCCUAAUGCAAGAUCUCGCAGCGAUGCGAGUUGGCCUAGGAACUACUUUCGAGGAUUUUCAUCAAUACCCCAAUUCCACAUAAACAUUGAGGAACAGCACAUGCUUUGUAAACACCAUAUUACUUGGUUGGAUAGAAUGUGCACAUCUCUCGAGUUCAAAGAUCGGACUACAUGGAAUUCCGCCGUUCGUCUGCAUUCCGACUACCGCGCAACAACAUAUAGUUCCCGAAGAAGCCAAUGCGCGCCUGCCAACAAUCAUAGACCCAUUUUACCUAUCAGCGGUCGCGACUUUGGUCGCUUUGACCCAGAUCCUCAAGGUCGUAUGAAGUUCCCCCACUCAUCGACAUGUCCUCGGGUGGGAAUGACUGCAGAUAACCGAAUGGCGCCUCCUUUUUAUUGGCGUUAUGCUCGCAAGUUUCACACAAUGGGCGCAGCCUAUCUGAAGGCGGCUGGUUCUGGAAACUCCACAGUAGCAUUCACGAUAGAAACGGUAUGCACCAUUCAAAGCGUAGUGAUGAUUGACUCACGGGUGGGCUUCAUUUUGGAAAUAUACAGCACCACAGCGAGCCUCUAUAUCACCACGAGGUGA